GCCCUAAAGACGGUAAAUUGUGGUGUUUCGGAAGCUGUUGCCAGACCCCGGUUUGAUCGGCGUGACGUCGUUUCAUGUGGCUGUGGCGCCACGACAUGCAUGCGCGUCCCCUACGGUUCCCCAGCCUCGGCGGUCCCUCAUUGCCUCACUUGCGUAACCUUACACAUUCACAGGACCUCAAUGUGUCAACGUAUCCAUACCGUGCCGCGUAAUCGAUGGAUAUACGCACCUCUCCCAUAACCAGGACGAACUGGCAAUACCAAGCAACCUCGCAUUAGCUCCCGACCACCUGAACCGCCGAUCCGAUGUUCCCGAUUCUCCAAGACGACUGCGACGAGUGCAUGCCGGACUAUGCCUUGCACCGGAGUCCGAUGAAAGUGGCCGUAUCGGCGCUACCUUUCAUUCUUACCUUCUUGGUUGUCGCUUUUGUCGUGUCGCAGAGGCUCUUCCCCAUCUUGUCUGGCAAUGCGGAUCGCAAAGCGCAUCAUGACGGUCCGCGGCUGCCUGGAUCGAUCCAGCGCGAAAGGACCUCGAUUUUGAACCGCCUACGCCCAAAUGCGCGAUCGCUCGCAAGCAUCAUCUUCUCGACCAACUUUGCUCUUUCAGCUGUAUUGGCCGAACUCAUCCUCUGCGAAAUCUCCAACACCGUAAACCGCGCCACACGAACACUAGCCCUCAAGAUCACGCUACCUUCCUUGCUCUUCCUUCUCGUCAUCGCAACACCAGCUUUCGAGAUCCACUCGAUCAUAUCAGGGACGGGCUUGAACAUUAAUGGUGAGCAGAAGAGUCGACGCAGAGCAGCAUGGGCAUUGGAGCUUUGUGGAUUGGCAGUAUGGCUAGCAGGGUUUUGGUAUCUUGGGCGAGGGCUACUGGGCUCAUAUCUUCAUGAAGAAUCAUAUGAGCAUGAUCAUACAUUUAGCGAGGGCUGUCUGGAAAGAAUUGGCAUAAUCGGCAUCAGUCUGAUGGCCUCACUCGCCGGAUUCGCUGCCAUAUCUGCCCUCUGGCACACGUUCGGCGUCAAAUACCGCCCAGUCACCGAAUCGGAUAUCGGUCGAAAGCAAGCCGGCAUACAAGCUACAAACGACAUGCUUCUGGCAAAAGAGAGCCGACUUCGUGCCGUCGAACGAAAACUUGCGGACAACCCUCAGCAGGGCUUCAUGGGUCGCGUAGUAGGAUCGAUUCGCGGAAACCCUGACGUCCAGGAGCGAAAUACUCUACAGCUUGAGAUACAGGGCCUCGAGACUAUGCGCCAUACACUUCAGAACUCCCUGACGGUGCUCCAAAACCGUCGACAAAAUCAACUGCGCUCACAUACUGCCAACGGGAAGCUGUUCAACAUCGUCUCGUACAUUUUCGCUAUAUACUGUGCGUACCGCGUCAUUGCGACCACUGUCACUACCCUGCGUCGCUUCUCAUCUCCGAAUGCGAGCUUCGCAAGCAACGAUCCUAUCAACAACGUCCUCGCCCUACUAGCGAAGCAUUGGGAUCCAACCAUUGACCGAGUUGCCUGGAGCCGCACCAUCUCCUUCCUCCUGUCUGGCGUGAUGCUACUAUUAUCAUUCAACAGUGUCCUCCAGACCUUCUAUCUCUUCGCUAGAGUAGUACCUGGUCUUCUGCAUCACGCUAGAACGAAUUUCGCCCUUAUCAUCUCACAAAUUACAGCGACCUAUGUGAUCAGUUCAGCGUUACUCCUUAGGAGCAAUUUGCCUCCUGAGAUGAAGAGCAAAAUCGGUGAUGCAUUGGGUGCGCCAUUAGAACCAGGUUUCACGGAGAGAUGGUUCGAGGGCUGGUUCUUGACUGCCAGUGCAGCUACAGUGUUGGGUCUUUGGCUGGGUAAACGACUCAAGGGAGGAGAAUGGGAUGACGACGGUGAUGGUGGUGAUGCCGAUAUAGAGAUGGGCAAGAAUGCCUGAUAGAUUUGCGAAGCGAAGCACGCAAUCAUUAACUCAUGAUAACAUAAAUGCAUUAAUCACAAUUUCAUACAACGCUGUAUAAACAUCUCGCACUCUCGGCACACCCACCGAGAUGUCCGGACAGCUCGGCGAAGCCUAUGGGGAAAGAGGCGCGCCCAACGCGUUGAGUGAUAACAGCCACCGGCCGGGCAUCGCUGCAUGAACCACAAACGAACCUGUUAGCAAGCACCACACGCGCUUGCUAAGCAUCCAUCCU